CUGCAGCUCCGGUUCGCUUUAUGCACAAUUAUGCAACUGACUGCAUAGGUCAAAGGCUAAAGAGAAGCUUCGGAAUUUGUGUGUCGACGCCUUCAUCUGCGCCAGCAAAACGCUUGCAACGCUUCAUUUAUAUGCGCAACAUGUGGUGUGCGCCUCUAUGUGAACCACAUUCAGCGACUGCCAACGCAUAUUAAUGAAGCACAUCACAAUUUAUACGAGCGUUCAUUAAAAAAAAAAAAAAAAAUAACAGAAAAAAUCCCACGGGGAAAAUGAAUAAACGAUUUAAGAUCAACUAAGUUGCGGUUUCGCAGCAACGGCUACAAUUCCAAUAUGGAUGCUGCCCCACCUAACACACGUAAUCGCAUCUGGACAACGGCCAGCGCCAACAAUGGCUACUUCGACGACAAUCUGCAGCAACAGCCGCUGCCGCUGCAGCGUCUACAAACGCCGGCUAAUCGGAAUCUAUUGUCUGGCCAACUGGCACCAGUUCGAGCUUUUAGCGAAAAUGGACAGGCGGGCAGUGCCCAAAGCAAACAGCUGCCCUACGAGACCAUCAACUCCAAUCUGAUUGGCGUCCAAUCCAAAUUUCGUCGCAGCUAUUAUCACAAGGUCGUGCUGGGCAUUUUGGCAGCCCUGGUAGUCAUUCUGCUGAUAACAAUCAUAGUCAUAAGCAUAACUUUUAAGAAAUCUAGUCAUAUAUGCCGCAGUAAGGAGUGCAUCCGCACAGCGGCCAGCCUCAUUUAUGCCAUGGACGAACAGACUGAUCCUUGCGAGGACUUUUACAAAUUCUCCUGCGGCCGCUGGGCCAACGAACAUCCGCGUCCCGAUUCGGCCACUUCGCAUGAUUGGUUCCGGGAGCGACAGGCGCAUAUAAUGCGUGUGGUUCGCUCUUUUCUACAGUCGAAUAUUAGCAGUGAGGAGCCUGCUGCCGUAGGCAUGGCCAAGACCAUGUACAGGGGCUGCAUGGACACGGAUCUGCUGGAUGAGAGGGGCUUGGAGCCACUUGUGCACUAUUUGCAAAAGUUCAAGCUGCCGGUGUUGCCCUCGGCCUUGAAUCUGACCCUGACCAGCGGCUCAAAGUAUGCCACGGGGAUGGGCAACUUUAGCUAUAAUUGGCUGGACUCGGUGGUGACUAUCAAGCGGCAUCUUAGCCUGGAUUUAAUUGUGGGCUUCGAUGUGUUUCCCGAUCCUUUGAAUCGUACGCUCAAUCGUAUUGCGCUCGGCACGCCCGAAACCGAUUCCGCAUUUCCCUUCAACAAUGAUGACUCCCAUAAGAUGCUGCGCAAAAUCCACAGGAAAACCAUCUACAUGGAGAACCUGGACGAAACCGAUGACAGCGAUGAUAGUCACGAAGCGGAGGAGGAGGAGGCCAGCAAACAGACAAGUUCCGGCAUGUCCGCCUAUGCGGCGUAUGUGCGGAAGAUCAUUGAGAAAUAUUUGCUCUAUGUGGAUCCCGAUGUCAACCAGGAGGAGGCCGCAGUGGGCAUAACCGAACUGGUGAAGCAGGCUGACAAAGUGGCACGCAAGAUUCAUUUGCUGAAAGAGGAGGCGGAGAACAUGACAAAGCCCUCCAAGAAUCCUGCCGAGGAUAUUGUAUACAUUUCACUGCUGGAGCUGCAGAAUCAGACGGAUAAGAACAUUGCGCCGCAAACAAUGCCCAUUUGGUUGCGCUACAUGCAGCUCAUACUCGAGGAUACAAAGCAUGCGUCCACAACGGAUGCCAUCAAGAAUACGACUAUUAUAACCAGCCAGGCUGAUAUAUACUAUCUGCAGAACAUUGUCGAAUAUCUGCACGAGAUGCCCGCCAUGUAUAUUGAAUCCUAUUUGUGGCUAAGCGCCUUGGAGGAGCUGGUGCUGCACACGACCAGCGACAUGCGACUGCUCCAUGCGGAAUAUAUGCGUCUAAUCAUUGGCACCGAGGGCAGCACACCGCGUUCCCUGUACUGUGCCCACGGCGUGAAUGCCCUGUUCGGCAUGGCCGUGAGCUAUGUGCUGGCUGAUGAGCGUUUUACCAGGGAGACCCUGCCACGUGUGGAGCGCAUGCUGAGCGAUAUACGACGCUCGUUUGAUCGACUGGUGCGUGCCACUACAUGGAUGGACGCGGCCACCAAGCGACGGACAAUGCAAAAGUCGGCCGAAAUGAAGAGCUUCAUUGGUUACCCGCCGUGGGUGACAAAUGCGACAGCCCUCAAUAACCACUAUGCGGGCGUUAAGGUCAAUGCGAGCACUCAUCUGGAGAAUCUAAUGGGAUUUGUGCACUGGGAAAUGCUGACCAAAAUCAAUGAUAUGGACAAACCGGAGCCCAUCGGCUGGGCCACGUCGCCAUCCAAUGUGAAUGCUUUCCAUACGUUUCAAUCGAAUGCCAUAACUGUGCCCAUUGCCAUACUGCAGUAUCCGUUCUAUGGCCUAGGACUCGAAGCCCUGAAUUACGGCUCGAUUGGUACGAUAUUGGGACAUGAGCUGACGCAUGGGUUCGAUGACAGCGGGCGCCGUUUCGACAAAGAGGGCAACAUGGUCGAAUGGUGGUCCAACCAGACAAUCAACGAGUACGUUAAUCGGACCGAUUGCUUCGUGGAACAGUACAGUCGCUACUAUUUGUCGGAUAUUGGCGAAUACAUUGAUGGCGACCUGACGCUGGGCGAGAAUAUAGCGGACAAUGGCGGCAUGCGGGAGGCCUUUCUGGCGUAUCGCCUUUAUGUGAAGGAGGUGGGACGCGAGCGCCUUAAGCUGCCCGGCCUGGAGCAUUACACGCACGAGCAGCUCUUCUUCAUCUCGUUCGGCAAUCUCUGGUGUGAGUCAUACACGCCCGCUGCAUCGCGCUAUGCACUGGAGGAUUCGCACUGUCCGGGCAAGAUACGGCUGAAAGGUGUGCUGUCCAAUUCAGAGGAAUUUGCGCGCACCUUCAAGUGUGCCCGGGGCACAGCCAUGAAUCCGGAGCAGACCAAGUGCCGCGUAUGGUGAUGAUGAAACCAAGUCAAGUGAUUUUUCUAAGUACAUUUUUAUGUGUAUUAAUUAGUCUAGAAAUUGAUGAAGCAAACCUUUAAAGCUGCU